AUGUGGCUAGCGGCAGCCGAAUUCUUUGCUCAUCCUUGGACGGGCCCUGCGAUCAUUCCUCCCGUUGUGGAGGAAUUCGAGCGACUAGAACGAGAGUCGAAAAUAGCCAAAGCUCAGUCCAAGUCUAAGAAGCGCCCUGAAUCGACUCCAGAGAAUCCAAAAGGUGCCAAGGCACACGAUUCGCGCCCGUCUCCCUCUGUCCCGAUGCAAACGGAACUGACGCCACCAAAGGGUCGGUCCAAUCCCUACCAACAAACUCCACCUUCGGAUGCCACUCCUCCUCGCCAACAAGUGGUCAUGUCUGACGCCGUUCACGUCAUCGCCGGCACCCCAUAA